AUGUCCAGUGUCGAAGGGAAGUUCUUCUCGAGAUUUUGGUCACACAGCAGCGCUGGCGGUCUAGUUUGUGGCAAAGGCCUAGCUCACCGCAGAGAGCUGUCAUUUAAAGAGCGCUACCAAGAGUUCAACGAUCACCACAAGCACAAGGAUGAACCAGAACCGACAGCUCUUGUGUCAGUCAGCGACAAGCUCUCCAGAACAAUUAGUGGUGCAUUGCGCAGAUGUAAGCAUAGAGAGGAGAGGGCAGAAGAUGUCUGGAUCGCUUUGAUCUAUGUUCCGCAUUCAGAAGUACCAGCACCCUACCAUUCAGCGGCGGAUUUGGUCUGGCCGGAGGACAAAGAUCUCUUCAGAUCCGAAUAUUUAUUCGACUGGGAAAUUAACGAGGAGUAUGUCGCCCACGUUGUGUCCCUUCGCGUUCUUCUAGACCGUGGUAUUGAGCGAUAUAUCGAUCUCGAAGCCGACGAUACAUCCUCUUUAGAGCAAGGCAUGUGGGAUGGCACCAAGAAUUUGGGAAAUUUUGAUAGAGGCCUUUAUUUUGCAGCAAUUGGUCGAUGCUUUGGAGCCAGAGCGCCAGUGCAAUAUUUUGCUGGUCAGCUUUGUGUGAACUCAGGAAGAAACUGUUCGGCUCUUGUCAGAGACGGUAUCGAAACAUCUAUAAUUGAUUGGUGGCUAGCAGAUGUGGACUUUGCGACAAAAUUGGAAAUAUACAAUGAAGAAGCAGGGUGCAUGCUUCUUGAAAUACAUGAGCAGAUGGAGGUUCUGGAAGAUGAGGUUUUCUGGCUCACAAUAGAAGCUUUUGAGCGGGGAGAGUCAGUGUCCGCAGGUGUGCUCAGGAGGAUUGCUUCUGAAAGGUAUUCAUUGACGGAGAAGUUGAAAUUAGCCAACGAAGCGAUUGAGAGGGAGGCGAUUAAGAUAGGACUAUGA